AAUCUGUUGUAGAUUGCAACACACAAGAGAAGGGAACACUUAUUUUUAGUUUCUAGUUUCUAUUAUUUUUAAUUUUUAGCAUUUCUUUAUUUAUGCAACUCCCGCUAGACAAUGCUGAUUCAAGAUGAUGUCUGAUCAGUUUAGAAAAGUAGAACCAUAUUCACCAAAAUCCUCACCGCGAGGAGCGAGGUCACCAGUAGUUUCACGUCAGGAUUCUUCUGGGACUCUCAAAACCACUAUCUCACUUGGAAAAAACCCUGCAAUAUUACACAGUGGUCCUUUCUAUUUGAUGAAAGAACCUCCAGGAGAAUGUGAACUAACAGGCGCAACAAAUUUAAUGGCAUACUAUGGCCUAGAACACUCAUAUAGCAAAUUUAAUGGGAAGAAACUAAAGGAAUCACUGUCAUCAUUCCUACCUAAUUUACCAGGCAUAGUGGAUGGUCCUGGACAAGAAGAUAACAGUACUCUAGGAUCAGUUAUAGCCAAAAGACCGAUCGGUGGUAAAGAACUGUUGCCCUUGAGCAGUGCUCAGCUAGCAGGCUUCAGGUUGCACCCUGGUCCCCUGCCAGAGCAAUACCGUUAUGUUAGUGCAACACCUCCUAAAAGGCAUAAGAGCAAACACAAGAAACAUAAACACAAAGAUGGAGCACCACCUGGACAGGACACACCUUUACAAGACUCAUCAAACCCAGACACAUAUGAAAAGAAACACAAAAAACAGAAACGACACGACGACGACAAAGAGCGGAAGAAACGGAAAAAGGAGAAAAAGAGAAAAAAACAGAAGCACAGUCCGGAGCACGGGGGACUCACACCCAGUCAGCACCCCAAUGCCUAGCCAGCUGUAGUCAAUAAGGUUUCUUAUGAGAUGCAUCAAGUGGGGAGUCUUUAUACAUAGUAAUGUGUUAAAUACAAAUUUUUGUAAUAAAGGAUAUGUGUAUAUAAGUCAAAUUGAUCUAAAGACUACCAAGUUCGAUUCAAUUCAGUACAAAUCUGGUCGUCUUAAUAAACAGGCAGAGACAUUCAAUUUUUUUAGAUAUUCAGUAAAUUAGUAAUCAGAUAUAAAUGCAUACUAUCAGCAACAAAAUAAUAAUCUAAAUGUAUAUUUAAAAAAUAAAUCAGGAGGUAAACAUUUUUUAGGAUCUGUAAAUGUUCUAAUAAUUUGUAUACAGUAUUUAAUAAAAAAGUCCCCCAAAGAUGUAUCUCAACUAUUGGGCCCAAAGAAAUUGAUUUUUCUAUUUAUUUCUUGGUCUUAAUUUGAACACUACACUUAAAAUAACAUUGGUGAGAAAACUGAUCAUUUUAUUGCAUCUCAAUAACUGUAUUUAUAAAAAAAUCAUUUUUAUUUUUUACUCAAUGUAAUUCCGCUGUUGUGACUUGUUAAUGCAUAUUGUGCUCUCUGUUUUAUCAAAGAAAUGGAUAAAUGUUUACAUACAAGUGUGACAACAGUGGAAAUGCUCAGGUCAUCAAGGUAUAACCUAGGCAAGAAUAUAAAAAUCCUUGCCUAAAGGAGUUUGAAUCACAUUCUCAUGUAGUCAUUAGUUCCAUAUCUCCAUAAAAUAGCGAGGGUUUUUUAUAUUUCUGGGCAGGUUAUAGCUGUUUAAAAACAUUUCGUGUAGUAUUUUGUAUUGUAGUUUGUAAAAUAAAUACCUUUGUUAAAAGUAUUACAAUACUUUGGGCUCUUAAGAAAUUUUUUGACAAGUUGUAUGGACUAUUUCAAAAACUUUCUUCAGGCUUCAGGUUAUCUCAAAUAUUAUAGAUUUAAGUGUUAGAUAAUAUUAUACCGUAGUGUAAGUACCAGAAUAUGUGUUGUUUUACUUAUUAAUGUGCUAAAAAUAAGGUAGUCUGAAAUUUCGAAAUAUUUUUUUAACCAAUUCUUAGCAAAGUUCGCAAUUUUAGAAUAUGUUUUAUAUUUCCUAUGGAUCCCAUCAUCUAUAUAGUUUGCCUUUAUUUUUCUCUACUUUGUAAUAUGUUUUUUAGUCAAUUAAAAGUUACUUGUUAUAUAUUUCCUGUUUUCUGGCAUAUCUAUUUUUUUUCUACUAAAUUUCAAACUACCUGCAUAUGUUACAAGACUUUGUAAAUAAAUGGGACUCUACAAAAGCUCAACAUUUUGUGAAUAUCAAACUUUAGUCGCCAUCAAACAUCUUUGAUAAUUGAAUUUCAUACAAACUGUUAUGUUGUAAAACUCAUUACAAACAUAAAUAAGAAUAAAAUGUAUUUCUUUUUUCUA